UAUUCAUUCCUCUUUCACAGUCUUCUUAGGAUGAGCUGCUCAUAAUUAUUUUACAGCUGAGAUGGGUGUUGGUCUUACGGUUGUCGGUUUGCUCAUCGCUGUGAUGCAAGGUGUCUUUUGUAAAUCCUGGGAUGUGAUGCUGCCCCAGCGCAUUGUAAGCAUCAGUAACUCCUGUAUCACAGUCCCAUGUCACUUCGAGGUGCCCGGCGAUCAGGAGGCAAACGUCCUAAACUGCUCCAACAGUGGUCUUUGGCGGAAAGAGAGCGUCACUGGUGCCAUCGUCUUAAGUUCUCGCAAUCCUUUCAGCAACAUCAUACAGGGGACAAUAGUUGGAGACUUAACAAAGAAGAACUGCACCACGGUGUUUUACAGCUUCCCAAAGGACCAAAGCAACAUGUACUUCUUCAGGCUGGACUGUUCGAACCCCCUCAAAUACACUUUCCUUAAAGGAGUCAGCAUAGUCGCCCAAGCAGACCCGUUUCCUCCCCAGCUGACCUUUGUGAGUCAGAUCUCAGAGGGAGCCCCGGUGAAGCUGCAGUGUUCAGUCCCGGUGCCCUGCUCCAUCCAGCCGCCCUCCCUCAUCUGGCUCCCCCGGGACAGCUCCAGGCAGGAGGAGACGCAAAUCCUGCAGAACGCAGAUGGGCAGAACAUCAUGACGUCCACGCUGACUUUCAUCGCCUCAGCCGACCAUCACAACCAGAGCAUCGGCUGCUCUGCCUCCUACCCUCUGUCAAAAGGGGGCAGCACUGAACCGUCUGCAGCAGCUCAGAGACUCAACGUCCUGUAUGCUCCGAGAUUCACUGUGGCAACACUCAGCACAUCUGGUCCUGUCUCUGAGGGACACACUGUGAUGUUCACAUGUUCCAGUGAUGCCAACCCACCUGUGAGCCGCUACACCUGGUACAGAGACGACAACGGGAAGCUGACGAAGAUAGGACAAGGACAGACGCUGCUCCGACAGGUCUACCAGAAGGACGAGGGGGUGUAUCUGUGUGAAGCUCAGACCACGAGGGGCUCUCAGAGAUCCAGACCUGUGGCUCUGGAGGUCAUCGCCUCCGAAGGAGGCAGCGAGGCUUUGGUUUUGAUUCCCUACAUUUUAUGUGGAGUGGUGUCAGUCCUCUACGUCCUGACUGUUGUUGCUGAUUUGUACAAGUAUCAAAGUCUUUCCAGGAGGCUGAAGAAGAUUGAGCUGAAGGGGGAACACACCUACACUGAUCUGAGGCCCAACAGAGUCACCUCUGACUACGACCAACUCCAGUUUCCACGGCCUAAAACGAAACCUCCUGAAGCUCCGGACUAUGAGAACAGCAUCGCCCUGCAGAGCGGUUUCAAAAAUCAGCCACAGCCAAAUCAGACCUGAGGGCCCGGGUGGACGUUUUCAUUACAGUGGUCCAGAUAUACACAUACAUCUGUCAAGCUUUAAAUUUCCAUGUUAUUAACCUACUUGUUUCAGUCAUUCUUUGAAGCCACGUCAUGCUUAUUUUUAUCUAAAACUGUGUGUGUGUGUGUGUGUGUGUGUGUGUGUGUGUGUGUGUGUGUGUGUGUGUGUGUGUGUGUGUGUGUGUGUGUGUGUGUGUGUGCGUGUCAGUCUACUGUAGAUGUCUCACCUUUGAAAACUAAAUGAUGUGGAACCUGGAAUUCAUAAUAAAAGUUCAGAUCUGAAACUGCUCAUACCAAAACACCUCUCCAGCUCAUUGAUGAUGUUUUGAAGCUCGGCAGGUUAAAGGGGCCGUGCGUGCAGAGGCUUCACAGCUACGGGCUAAAUCCUUACAACAACAGAUCGUCUUCAGAGCAUCACCAGGACACUCUGGGUGCAGGUGCGAGUUUAAACACACGAGAUGCUCAGGUUAACGUUGCAACCACUUCCAUGUUCCCCUGGCUUCAGUACGAGGUUUCAGCCGGUCACACAGCGUCAGAUUCAUCCGUGUGACACACAAAAUGACAGUGUCACUUCAGCCUCGUUCAUUUCCACUGAAAUUAAAAAAAAACUGCUGAGACCUGCUAGUCCUUUGAUCUGUGACGCACCAUGAUGGGGAAUUUACCGGUGCUGAUGGUUAAUGGAACAUUCUUCUGAGCGCCUGUAAUAAUGGUGUCAGCCAGUCAGCAGAGGUUUUGAUGGACCACUGAGAUGUUUGCCGGAUCAACACAUUUAAACUAAAUCUGACCUACAUGAUGUGCAACAACCUAAUUAAUUGUGCAAAUGUAGACAUGAAUUCUCCAUCUCAAACUUGCAAUAAUGCAAAAACAUAUUUUUAAAUCUGCAACAGGUCAUCUUUAACUUUUUUUGGAACCCGCUAGCUUCUUUACUCUGAGUCUUAAGUUUUGGGCUUUGGACCAGCAACCGUCACCCACCACGUGUUGCUCGUAGCAUCUGGAUCAGCAACUUUUUGUUCAGUUUUUGCGUCCAUAAAAUUCCUUCAGAGAAGUGAUGACACAUGAGCCUAGUUAGUACAUUUUUGAGCCAUGAAGAGACUCGGACAUUAGGGUGAAAACAACAUACUUCUGCGUUAGCUGGAAAAAGUGAAAACAGCAUAACAUAAUUCUCCAUAUGGGAUGAUGCAAACCUCCUGAGACAGAGCGGGUUGUUGAUGAUGUCAGACUCAUGGCGGGCUCUCAGACAGAACGCCAAACUCCCACAUCCCUGAGAAAGUCCACAGGAAACAGCACGCCGUUACUUCAGCCUUUGAUGUCACGCCUCAGUUAGUGUCUAUAGGGAGAUCUGGCUGUUGUCUGGCUGCCGCGCUGCAUUCCUGCCUAAUGUGAUGGGUUAAAUUGGUGGAAGUUUAGUCUGUGGGUUAGAAACGAACCAGGCUGCUACGCCUUUGAUGCCUAAAAAUAGUCAUGUGUCCAAACAUCCAUUGGCAAAAUGCAAAGAUGGGUCUUUUCCAACUUUCUACUUGCUGUGUGUCAUGUGUUUUUUGGACUGCUUGGUCUAGUUUUGGUUUGUUGUUGUUUUUUUUUUUUUGUUUUUGUUUUGAGCAUGUUCUGUUGUUGCCCGUAAUAAAUAAAAUAUUGACAUGUGACCACA